GGGGGGGGGGGGCUGAUGCCGCUGCUUCUACUACAGGCAUGAACACCUUGUUCUCUCGAUCAUUUGGUCGGGACGGAUCAUCAAGUACUACGAUGGACACUACAUGAAUCGCAAGCGGCGGAUUGUGCUGUUCAUUGAUGUCUUUCUGCUCAACUUUAUCGUGGCAGGAAUUGUUUUUGCCUCGUCGCAGCCUGCCGAUGUCUCUGUCGACUGCACGCUGUUGCACUACUGCAACACCGAGUGCGCCGGGUGCGCGACGUCUCAGUUCCGGGUCGGGCAUGAUAGCAAUACGGUCAACUACGAGUUUCCGUAUGCCGACUCUGUGGCGUACCGCAACUGCUCGCGCCCGGGCAGUACCUCGCCUUGCUUCCCGUACUGCAACUCGGCGCGGCGCGGACAGUUUGUGGUGGACACGCGGCUCCGGUGCCGCAACACACCUGUGGCGCGGCAGCAAGAUCUGCUGUGCCUCAAGCCCGAGGCCGUGCCCGAGUGCACCGACAAGGGCACGGAUGUGUCUGUUGGUGGUGUGUCUGCCACGCUCCCGACCGAGCUUGACAUGCAGGAGGUUGUGCUCCGGGUUGUGCUCACCAUUGCCAUUGUCUUCCCGGCCUCGUUCCUGCUCAAGUCGCUGAUGCGGUGCACAUAUCGGUCCAAGGGCUGCUGCGCGUGCGCGAAAAAGUCGCUCGGUACCAUUCUCAUUCUAGCCAUUCUUGCCGCCGCCGCCAUUGUCGCCUACAUCCUCAUCUCGACGCUGCAGGACGGCGAGCUGUUUGGAACGGUCACGGCCUCGUUCCUCGUCGCCUUUCUUGCCGGGCUUGUCCUCGACUUUCCCAAGCUCGCCUUUAUCUACUACUUCUUCCGCCGCAAGAAGUACGCCGAGCGGUUCAUCAAGUGCUACAACAUCUAUCUCCGCAUCCAGCAGGCCAAGAUGCGCAAGGCCAAGAAGGCUGCCAGCAAGCACGUCAAGUCUUCGUCGCGCAAGGCCGGCCAGGCGCCGGUCCUCAAGUCGUCGUCGCGCCGCGGAAGCCGGAGCAAGAGCCGCCCGGUGAGCCGAAGCAAGAGCAGCAAGGGCCGGAGCAGCAGGAGUCGCGGCUCGUCCUCGCGUCGCGGCUCGUCGUCGCGUCGUGGCGCCGGCGGCCGUGCGUCCAAGAAGUCUCGGCGGACAAACCGGAUCUAAUGACUGGACCAGGCUGCCGUUGGUUUGCACAUGGGCAUGCACACUUUUGCAUCGCUUGGUCUUAUAGUUUAGCGGCGGGUAUGGCUACUCGUACUGGGUGGGAUAGUACUUGACCGGCCCGUCCUUGUGGCAGCACCAGACGGAGGCGACGCGGCGGGCAAUGUCCUUCCACUUCUCAUUAAAGUACUUCUCGUCG